AGCAUGACUGUGGUUAAGGUGGCGUGAUUGCAGCCGCACACAGCAGCGCUCUGACGUUAGCUAGCUAGCCAGCUAGCUAUUGAGCCGAGUUUGAUUACGAGAAAACGCCGGUUUAUAAAGAUAAAGAAAAACAAUUGGGACAGAGGUUUUCUGGACUCUACAUAUCAAUGGUCCACACAGAAAAUAUGGAUGCGAAACGCAGGAGUAGCAAAACUAGCAGAAGCGAAUCCAACAGUAACAACACCGACUCCCCAGGCAGUCAUGGCCCAGGUGUCGGAAAUGCUACUGGGGGGAACGCUUUCGCCAACGACGGCAGCUUUUUGGAAAUGUUCAAGAAAAAAAUGGAGGAGGAGAAAAGAAAAAGAGAGAUGGGCCAGUGUCAGGACGAUAAUGGCUCUGCAGAGGGGGAACAAUCGACGCAAGAAAAGAAGACUUUUAGCGUGGCCAGCUUUGUGGGCAAGCGGAGAGGCGGUGCCAAAUUAGCGCUCAAGACAGGAAUGGUUGCAAAGAAACAAAAAUUGGAGUCAGAGGUUGAACCAGGUAAAGGGGAUGCUUGGACAAAAUACAUGGCUGAGGUUCGAAAAUAUAAAGCCCACCAGUGUGGCGAUGACGAUAAAACCAGACCUCUGGUAAAAUAAAACUCCUGAGAACUUUUACACUCAUCCUCUGCCCUGAACACCCAGACUUCUCUCUUCUUCCUCACCUGCCUUCUGCUGUGACUGAUGGAACACUCCUGGGGUUUAGAAGGCCCAGUGCCCACCCUGUGCCCUGAUAAUCUGCCUGCCAUAUAGUGUUCAUUUGAGCAGCAACAGACUGACUGGCCAGUGAUAUUUUACGUCUGCGCAACACAUGGGCUCCAGGUGUACCUUGAUUUUUGUUGUGUAAAGCCUUUUUUUUUUUGUUUCUUAAUCCUUUGUUUGGGGACAGCUGCUGUCAAAACAAAAUGCGAAAACAAACAUUGUUUUUUGUGUUUUUGAAUAAUUAAAAUAUUUUUGCAUAGCUUUUCGUUUUUGUAUUGCCUAGUAGAAUUAGUGUGAUAUUAUUGUCUACUUCAUCUGAAUUGGUGUUUUUUUAUUUUUUAUUUUUUACUUUAUUUGUUGAUAUGAAGUUGGCCUGAAUCCUUGUGUAGUAAAAUGUAUAUGACCACC